AUGGCAAAGAUACCAAGGGCUCUCGCUUUGCUCCUGGCCAUUUCUUUCGCUCAGGCUCAAAACAGUCCUCCCGGCCAGACCGCCCUUCGAAAGUACACCCUCGAUGACAUAGUGCCCACCCGUGAUCAGGCCUCUGGACACGUCAAGUGCUGCCCUGCCGGCACCGAGUUCGACGGUCAGGGAUGUGUCCUCGGCGUUCCCAUCUGCCCCGAUGGCAGCACCCGCGAUGGGGACAAGUGUGUCUACCUUACGAAGCCCACCUGCGAUACCGGAUAUGAGUACAAGAACGGGUUGUGCAUCACUAUCAGCCCCCCUACCUGUCCUUCCGGUACCAUUUUGAAGGGCACCCACUGUGUCCUCGAAGGGGCUGCAAACUGCGAGGCUGGAUACAUUUUGCAAGGCAACGUCUGUGUUUCCCAAAGACCCCCCGUUUGCCCCAAUGGCGAGCAUUUCAAUGGGAAGUCUUGCGCGUCUCUGGAAGGUCCAAAAUGCCCGGAUGGAGCUAAGCUUGAAAAUGGCCUUUGUGUUGACAACAAACCUCCCAUCUGCCCCAAUGGAGUCUCGUUUGACAACGCUAGCUCUAGGUGCGUUUCAGAACAAGUUCCCAGCUGCCCUCCGAAUACAAUUCUUCAGAACAAACAAUGCAUUUGGGAGAGUGGCCCUGUGUGCAAGGACGGCGGUGCUUUCAAUCCCAAGACUCAGUCCUGUGAUAUUGUCGAAAACCCACAGUGCCCUCCUGGAACAGAAUUGGACGACAAGAAAUGUGUCUAUGUUGGCCAGCCGGAGUGCCAGCCGGGUACAACUCUUUCGAUUGAUAAGGCGCAGGGCAGCGCCCGUUGCUGUCCCUCAGCCAUGGUCUGGGAUGGGAACGUUUGCGUCACAAAGGCAAUCGAUGGAAAAUGCCCUGAUGGCAGCACCCCAAUCAACAACCGCUGUGAGAAGUAUUCCAACCCUCAGCCACUCUGUCCCGAAAACUACAAGUUCGAGAACACUCGCUGUGUUUGGCAACAACCACCUGUAUGCCUGGGCGAAUCCUACCUUGAGGGCGGCAAGUGCAUCUUGGUCAGGAAGCCAGAGUGUCCUAAAGAUAUGCUCUUGAUUGGUGCCGACUGUGUCUUGCAAGGACCUCCUUCCUGCCCUCCCAACACCAAGAUGGAGGACAGCAAGUGUGUCACAUAUGUGCAGCCCACCUGUGAUGAAGGUGCUAAUUGGGAUGGUAAGCGUUGUAUCGUCACUGGUCGCGGCCAUUGUGAGCAGGGCAUUCAUCAGGGAGAUGAUUGCAUCACUGGAACUCAACCUCAGUGCAAGAAUGGCGCCACAUAUGACGGUUCGAGAUGUGUUUCGCAGCUAGUUCCGCAGUGUCCUUCAGGAUCUGUUCCCAGUGAUGGGUUGUGUCUUACAGGCGGUAUUCCUCAGUGUCCCCCCAACACCAAGUUCCAAGAUGGACUCUGUGUUCACGGUGCUCCUGGCUGUCCCACUGGCCAAGUCUUUGCCAACGGGCGCUGCGAAAGCGUUGAAACUCCCCAAUGCCCCAUCAAUUUCUUCUGGAAGGGAGGCAAGUGCGUUCGCGUUGCUGAAGAGCAUUGCGAGUCUGGUUACGUCCUCAAAGAUGGCCAAUGUAUCUCCGGCGCCACACCUGACUGCGGAGACCUUUCUUUCAACGGCAAGGACUGCUUCAGUGGCAAGCCCCUUUGCCCCGAAGGAACCUAUCUAGAAGGAGAGAGCUGCGUUUCCGUUGCCGACCCCCAGUGCCCGCAAGGCUUCAAGUUCGACGGCAAGAAAUGUAGCGCUGAGAAAACACCCCAGUGUCCUCCUGGAACUGUCCAUGACAAGUUCAGCCAGAACUGUGUCUCGAGCACUAAGCCCAAAUGCCCUGAUGGCCAGGUGUUCAAUGGCAAGUUCUGUGCUAUUUCCACCGGUGCUUGUAUGGACUUCCAGUUCUGCCCCACUGAAUCAUACGGAAAGGGAUGUCAACUCACUUCCCAUGGUGUUGUUUGCAAUGGACGUCAGGAUGAACAACGAACCACUUUCCCUGUGGAUCAGGUUCCUUUCACUGGAAGCCAGGGUCAAGGCAGCACGGGCUGGCGCGAGCAAAUUCCUCCUAUCCAACAGCACACUGGAAACCAGGGUCAGGGCAGCACGGGCUGGCGCGAGCAAAUUCCUCCUAUCCAACAGUACACUGGAAACCAAGGUCAGGGCAGCACGGGCUGGCGCGAGCAAAUUCCUCCUAGCCAACAGUACACUGGAAGCCAAGGUCAGGGCAGUGCCGGUUGGCGCGAGCAAAUUCCUCCUGGCCAACAGUACACUGGAAACCAGGGUCAAGGCAGUGCCGGCUGGCGCGAGCAAAUUCCUCCUGGCCAACAAUACACUGGUAACCAGGGUCAGGGCAGUGCCGGCUGGCGCGAGCAAGUUCCUCCUGGCCAACAGUACACUGGAAACCAGGGUCAGGGCAGUGCCGGCUGGCGCGAGCAACCGGCCCACUGA